UUCCUGCGAAUGGGCAAUGAGAAACAACACAACCAAAGACCUCUUCCAGCCUAUCCAAAUCCAACCACCCCGAGAACAUCAAAAACAACAAACAGAAGCAGAAGCUGCAGAAGGAAAAUCUGAAGAAGAAGAAGAAGAAGAAAAACCGCUCUAUGAAUGGGAUUUCAAUCUCUCCACUGUUGUCUCUUCAAGCGCCAACGUUGGGGUAGUAUCCGACACCCUCGGCGUAAUUGAGUUCGACCCAUCUGAUCGUCUCUUAGCAACAGGAGGAAUUGCUAGAAAGAUUAGGAUCUACAGUUUAGAUUCCCUGCUACCAUAUGGCAUACGCCAGGGUGCACAGGAUACCAUCUUUCUGGACCACACCAGUUCUUGUGACUUCUACAUAUGCACCCCGGCGAAGCUUAGCAGCCUUCGGUGGAAGCCCAACACUUGCAGUCGCGUGGUGGGUUCCGGUGACUAUGACGGUGUGGUGACAGAGUAUGAUCUAGACCGUCGAGUGCCUAUCUUCGAGCGUGACGAACACGGCGGUCGGCGAGUUUGGAGUGUAGAUUACUCGCAUUGGGUUCCAUCGCUCGGCGCGUCGGGAUCCGACGAUGGAACCACGCAAAUGUGGGACACGCGCUGCUGUGGGAAUGGCACGUGCGUGGCCAUCGCACAGCCGAGCGCGUCUCGGAGCCCCGUUUGUUGCGUGGAGUUUGAACCGAUUGAUGGGCCUUUAGUGGGUGUUGGAUGUGCGGAUCGGAGGGCUUACGUAUACGAUGUAAGGAAGAUGACAGAGCCGGUGAUGGUGUUGAAAGGGCAUCAGAAGACGGUGACGUACGUGAGGUUCUUAGGUGAGAGGAAGAUGGUUUCAGCAGGGACGGAUGGGUGCUUGAAGCUAUGGGACAUGGAGGGUGCACGUGUGAUACGCACGUAUAGAGGGCAUGUGAACAGUAGAAGCUUUGUUGGGUUAUCUGCAUGGAGCAAUGGAGGGCUUUUCGGAUGCGGGUCAGAGAGUAACGAGGUGUUUGUGUAUGAUAAGAGAUGGAGAGAACCCGUAUGGGUACGUGGAUUUGAGGGUGUGGGUGUGGGUGUGGGUGUGGGUGGGGUUGGCUGUGAGAAAAGAGGAGGAGAGUUCGUCAGCUGUGUGAGCUGGAGACAAGGUAGAGAGGAUAAAGAUAAAGAUAAAGAUCAAUGCAUGCUUGCGGCAGGCGGAUCUGAUGGGGUGUUGCAGGUUUUUGUGGGGAUAAGGAAAUCAUCAUCUAGUUUUGAUACCACUUGUUAG